UAAACAUCACAUUAGAUUUGCUUCUUCAAUCAAACAAAAGCACUAGUUAUCUUGUCCUAAUAGAAUUAGAGCACCCCUUCAGAAAAAUGGCUCAUCCUCCCACACAAUCGCAGUCUAGAGCAGCCAAUAAGCCAAAACGCUCAAACCUUCUUCGUUGCAUUGCCAUUUUCAUACUAGCCUUGAUCAUCCUUGUGGGCAUUGCUGUGAUCAUAAUUUGGCUAGUUUUGAAGCCCAAAAGGUUGGAAUACACUGUGGAGAAUGCUGCAAUCCACAACUUCAACUUAACCGAUGCAAAUCACCUCUAUGCCAACUUUGACUUCACCAUAAGAUCCUACAAUCCCAACUCUAGAGUCUCCAUAUACUAUGACACUGUGGAGGUGUCAGUGCGUUAUGAGGACCAAACUCUAGCAACCAAUGCGGUUCAGCCAUUUUUCCAGUCACAUAAGAAUGUGACCAGGCUUCAUGUGGGCCUCACGGCCCAAACCGUGGCCCUGUAUGAUUCUGUGCCUAAGGACCUUAGGCUCGAGAGAUCCUCUGGGGAUAUUGAGUUGGAUGUGUGGAUGAGGGCAAGGAUAAGGUUCAAGGUUGGAGUGUGGAAGUCAAAGCAUCGUGUUUUGAAGAUUUUUUGUUCUCCUGUCUUGGUGCACUUUUCUAAAGGAAAGAGUUUCGAAAGGGCCCCUUGUGAUGUAGAACUCUAAACAAGGCUCACUCACGUGUUCUCUCUACCCCUUGUUAUUAUUUGUUCUUUUUUGGUUUAUUUUUCCUGAGUUUGUCAUUGUUAGUUGAUGCUAUCAUUCUUUUGUCAGCGUUGUUGUAAUUUUAUUCCUGGCUUGUUUAUUGGUUUUGGUUUUCCUAUGUUGAAAAAUAGUUGUGUCAUGUGUGGAUAUAAUACGAAAGAAGGAAAAUUGGCUGUUAUUCAUCCAAUUGAGGCAAGAUUGUAACUUGUAAUCAUUCUGCACGUAUUGUCCUUCAAAGUUAUACAGUUUUUAAUUUAUUGGGCUACCGCA